AAACAUUUAACGACAAUUCAUUUAUUCAUGUCAGUUCUUUUGACAACCUUAUAUUUUUAUUAUUAGCGACAUAAUUAUAUAAUAUUUAAAAAUGGCCACAAUGGUAACAGAAGAAGAUAUCGAUUUCUUUUUCGAUAUAAGCGCUCUAGGAAGAAUAGAUGAAAUAGAUUCGCCAUUUGCUCGAACGUCCAUAAAAAGUGUUAUAGAUGAGGCUUUGAAUCAGCUAUCUAUUUUAAGACACGUUAACACCUGCAAUUUUGGAUAUUUUGAUAAUCGCAUGGUACACUAUCAGAGUAUUGAAGAUAGGAUUUCUGGGACUGAGAAGCACGAAAAUACUAGGCUCCCCGCUGUUGGAACAAACCAAGACAAACUGGCUCAUGACGUUAAUACGUUCAUCAACAUUUUCAGAGAAACUAUUUACGAAAUUGAUUCUAGUGGUACCUAUAAAAGCUUAAAACAGGCGAUUAAAACCAUGAAGCGCAUGGAUAACGAUGCAAAAGAACUCUUCCAAACCAAAGAAAACUACGAAAAACAAAUAAUAACGUUAAAAAAUCAAAUAGAAGAAGAACGGAUUACGGUUAUGAAAUCUAUCAAUCAAACAAAUGAACAGAUUCAGAAGAUUAGGUUUGAGGUGGAAGAUAUUAUAGUUUAUGGAAAAACAGAACUUGAAUUCUUGAAACAUUACGAAGCAGCAAGAACAGAACAGAACCUUCUUAAAUGUAAAAUUGAAGAAAAGAAGUCAGUGGAUGUCAUAGAAGACAUUAAAGAAAAGAUAGAGCUUGAACAGAAAUGCCAUAAAUUGUUUUUAGAUUACAUUGUUGAAGAUCAGGAGGACCUUCUAGAAGUUACCAACUAUUGGACGAAAACAUACUACAGCGAAGUAGAGAGAAAAGAAAAUGAGCUCAUGAAAUUAAAAGGCGAACUUGACUAUAACAUUGAUACACUGGACAAACUUACAAAAAAAUUCAACAUACGACAAGCAGAAAUUGACAAAUGGAUGGAAUAUAAAGAAAUGAAGAGGGCGAAGGAAGACCGUGUUAAACAGGAAAUUAGAGCUAUAGCUACAAUUCAGGCAUGGUGGAGAGGUACCAUGUGCAGACGAGGCAUACCACCAGGUGGACUAAGAACAGUAACAAUGUCGAAAAAAUCCAAGAAACCCAAGAAAGGCAAGAAAAAGAAAAAAGAAACCUAAUUUAUUUCAUAUGUUCACUUCAAUAUUAAAUUCAUUCAUUGCCAC